AUGAGUGCAGAAGAGUUUAAAAAACAAGGAAAUACAGCUUUUACAAAUAAAGAAUAUGAAAAAGCAAUAGAAUUUUUUUCAAAAGCUAUAGAAUUAGAUCCUUCAAACCAUGUUUUAUAUUCGAAUAGAUCAGCUUCUUAUGCUUCAUUAAAACAAUAUGAUGAUGCUUUAAAAGAUGCUGAUAAAACGAUUGAAUUAAAAAAAGAUUGGCCAAAAGGUUAUAGUCGUAAAGGUGCUGCACUUCAUGGUAUGGGAAGACUUGAAGAAGCUCGCGAAACAUACAAAGAAGGUCUUACUCAUGAUCCAAACAAUCAACAAUUAAAAAAAGCGUUGGAAGAAGUUGAAAACGCAUUAGCUCCUAGUAAUACGAAAAUUUUCCCAGAUGAUAUAUUUGCCAGGAUAGCCCUAAACCCCACAUUAAGACCAUAUCUUGAUCAACCAGAUUAUGUUGAAAAAAUUAAAGCUAUUCAAGCUAAUUCUGAGCUUUUAAACGUACAUUUACAAGAUAAACGAAUAACUAGUACUUUUAUGUACAUUUUAACUGGUAAUGCCAAUUUCGAUCCAAAAGAACCAACGUCUCCUACACAGCGUGAAUUUGAAGAAGCUAUAAAACAUUACGAUAAAGCUUGGGAAUUGGAUCCUACAAAUAUUGCUAUUUUGAAUAAUAAAGCUGCCGUUUUAUUUGAACAGGGAAAAUAUGAAGAAUGUAUCAAAAUUUGUCAUGAAGCUAUUGAAAUUGGUCGUGAAAAUCAAGCAAUUAAAUAUUUUAAUAAAUCAUUGACUGAACAUCGUACGCCAGAAAUACUGGGUAAAUUGAGAGAUACUGAGAAAUUGAAAGUUAAAAAAGAAAAAGAAUCCUAUUUCAACCCAGAACUAUCGGAUAAGGCACGUGAGGCAGGAAAUGAACUUUUUAAGAAGAGUGCAUUUGCUGAUGCUGUUAAAGAAUACACAGAAGCAAUUAAACGUAAUGAAAACGAUCCACGAGCUUAUAGUAAUCGUGCUGCUUGUUAUACCAAAUUGAUGGCAUUCCAAGAAGCAUUAAAAGACUGUGAAACUUGUAUAAAUCUUGACCCUUCAUUUGUUAAGGCAUAUAUCCGUAAGGCAGCAGUAGAAUUUUUGAAGAAGGAAUAUAAAAAAUGUUUGGAAACAUGUCAAAUAGCAUUAUCUCAUGAUCAAGAUGGUAAACAUAGAGCAGAAAUCAUGCAACAAAUAAAUAAAUGUCGUGCAGCAAUGUAUGAAGAUUCAGCAUCGGAUGAUAAUCCUGAAGAAAUUUUAAAGAAAGCCUCAAGUGAUCCAGAGCUUAUGAAAAUUUUGACUGAUCCUGUUAUGCAACAAAUUCUUCAACAAAGUCAAGAAGAUCCACAAGCAUUUAAAGAACAUUUAAAGAAUCCUAUGGUUGCGGCGAAUAUUCAUAAAUUGAUAAAUGCUGGUAUAAUAAAAACAGGAUAA